UUUGUCUGGCCAUAAAAUAGCGCUCCAGCUAUUCAUUGGUGGAAAACACACGUCAAUAUUACCCAUACUUCGUUGUUGUACACUGCUGAGAAAACGCCUACCAAAAAUAUGAUUGGACGUAAUUGUGCGAAACCCCGCCCUCUACAUCCGACCCGUCUCCAACUUUUGCCUGAGCUUGAAAUGAAAUCCUUUGGGCACGAGAGAAAUUCACCGUUUUACUCAUGAAUUAAGACUUUCACAACAGGAAUAACAAGAAAUGUGUUGAUGCUGGAGUCGACAUGGCGUGAAGUCCUUUGAGUAGUAAAUAUCCAUCAAAUAUUCUCAAAGAGGGCCGGGCGUGAUGGCGGAGGGUGAGGAGGCCAUGAGCCAGGAGGACUGGAAGGACAAGUGCGUAGUCCUGGAGGCGCUGCUGAUGAAGUUCAGAGUGCAGAUCAUCAAGAUCAGAGAACUCACCGCUGACAAGAUUCAACAGUUGGAGACGCAGGUGAUCGAUGCGGAAAAACGGGCCUUCACCGCUCACCAGCAGGUGCAGUGGAUGGAGGAGAAGCUGAAGGCUCCAGACAGUCAGUCCGGAGACUCGGAGGUGCGUUUGUUCCAGCGGUGCCAGGAGCUGCAGGCCGUGGUGCAAGAGAAGGAGGACGCCAUCGCACAGCUGGAGCAGCAGCUGGAGGAGCAGAAACAGAUCCGACUUCAGGACUCCAAAACAGUGGAGGAGAAAGCAGCCAGAAUCAAGGAAUGGGUGAUGCUGAAGUUAUCAGAGUUUGAGGUGGAGAACGCUGCGCUAAGAGAAACCAACAAGCAACAGGAGGCUCAGAUUCUGGAGUUACAGAAACAAGUGCAGGCCUUUGAGCAGAAGUGUGGUGCGGGAAGAGGAGUCCUAUGCAGACAAGGGGAGGCCCAGCGGCUCAGCAGCCUGACGUUCGGCUGUUUCCAGGUGAGGGGGAAGAGCCCCCAGGUCCUUACUGGACCAGCACCCUGCCAGAGGACCCUCAGCACCCAGGGAGAGGCUGAGGACAUAGAAGAAAACGAGAUUAGCGGUGAGCAGGCAGCCUCCUCAGGGACAAACGGUGACAUCCAGACCCCUGACCCCACCGGACAUCUGGGGGACGAGAGUGCGUCUGAGAGCCUGGGAGAUCCCGCUCGUGGCCCCGAGUCCCGCUGCGUUUCCUCCGUGCUCUCCAGCGCCGUCUCAGAGGGGGGAGGGGGGGGCUUGGGCGGUGUGGAGUUCAGCCGCCCCGGCAGUGAGACCUACCUGACUGCCUCGGACGACAGCAGCUCUCUGUUCGACGAUGACAUGCAGCGCGCCGAGCGGCCCCGCUUCAGCCUGCUGGGGUCCUCGGAUGGGCCCCUGGGAGGGUGUAAGGAGGAGGAGGAGGGGGGCAAACUGGAAGACUACACCUCUGAGGAGCUAAACAAACGCUUUCAAUCACAGAGACUCGACUCCUCAUCGUCUUCCAGCGAGCCCAACACCCCCAGCCCCAUCCUCACGCCCGCCCUCACCCCCAAACGUCCAAACCCGCCUCAGGACCCGAGGGACAACCCUGCCUCCCCCAAACAGCCCCGCCUGCGGACCCCGGCAGGAUUCGGGCUGAUGAACGUAGCUCUGGCUAAGAAACACCUGAGCCAGCCCCCCAUCAGCAGUGAGGCCGCACACGGACACACGCGUAACGCCCUCAGCAUGCUGCGCCCCCUCCGCCCGCAGGAAACAGACCUCGACCAGGAACAGGAGGUCGGCAUGGAGACCGGAAGGGACAUGCCUGGUCCUCCUGAAUCAGAGGUCAUCACAGGGCAGGACAGUGACAGCUCCGUGCCCCCCACACCCCCGCUACACAGGCUGCCCUCCUGGGAGAGUCGUAUAUAUGCUGUGGCCAAGUCAGGGAUCCGGCUGUCUGAGACUUCCUGCACAGACCCUGCUAGCAAAGACCACUCACUCAAGUCCUCCUAUCCUGCCUUUGUAAUGUACACCUCCCUCAUCUACAGAAACAUGACUACUCCAGUGUAUACGACUCUGAAGGGGAAAGCCACCCUGCUGAGCAGCAGUCCGUUCUCAGACGAGUCGUCCAGCUCCGAGGAGUCGUCCAGCUCCGGAGAGGAGGACGCCUCCAUCUGCAGCUCUCACACCUCCUCCAGCUCCCGCAAGGACAGCAGCCCCGGCAGCCCGCGCUCGCUCAAGAGAGCUGUGUCCAUGUCUUCCAUGACAUCAGAGAGCGACUACGCCAUCCCCCCUGACGCCUACUCCACCGACACAGAGUGCUCUGAACCGGAGCAGAAACUCCCCAAGACCUGCUCCACAGUCAGUGACAACGGCAAGAGUGAACCAAUGGAGAAGUCCGGCUACCUGUUAAAAAUGGUGAAGACGUGGAAGAAGACUUGGAAGAGACGCUGGUUUGUCCUCAAAGACGGAGAGCUGCUCUACUACAACUCACCUAGUGAUGUGAUCAGGAAACGUCAGGGUCAGAUCGAGGUCAACGCCACCAGCAGCAUCGCCCGUGGUGACGGUAAACAAGUCCUCCAGGUGGUGACAGGUAAGCGUGUGUACUACCUGAAGGCGGACUCCCCCAACCUGCUGGAGGAGUGGCUGCGGGUGCUGCAGAGCGUGCUCCGGCUGAAGGCUGCCAGUCCUCUCUUCACUCAGCCCGACAUCCGGCCCGGCAUGAAGGGACUGCUCAUCAAGGUGAAGCACGGCUACUCCAAGCGGGUUUGGUGUGCUCUGAUUGGAAAAACCUUGUACUACUUCCGCAGCCAAGAGGACAAGUUCCCCCUGGGUCAGAUCAAGCUGUGGGAGGCCAAGGUGGAGGAGGUGGACAGGUCAAGAGAUUCUGAUGACGAACUGAAGGCAUGUGGGCGGGGCUUACAGGCGGCACCUUUUACCAUCACCAUCCACCCUCAGGAGCAGGGGCCCACCUACCUGCUCAUCGAGUCCCGCCACCAGAAGGAUGCGUGGCUGUACCAUCUCUCUAUGGCAGCGGGCACCACCGUGGGGAAAGUCGGCACGGAGUUCGAACAACUGGUGGGAAAACUCUUCCAGCUGGAUGGAGAUUCAAACUCUCAGCUCUGGAGACACCCCAUGUUGUGUUUCAGUAAGGAAGCUCUGUUAUCUCCUCUGACCACGCUGCCUUCACAAGCUCUGCAGACAGAGGCUGUUAAACUCUUCAAGACGUGUCAGCUCUUCAUCAACGUGGCCAUCGAUGCUCCGGCCAUCGACUACCAUGUCUCGCUGGCCCAGAGUGCAUUGCAGGUGUGUCUGGCCCACCCCGAGCUGCAGAACGAGUUCUUCUGCCAGCUCAUAAAGCAGACCUGCAGGAGGCAGCCACACGGCCACCCAGCACCCCUGCAGGGAUGGCAGUUUCUGGCUCUGUGUGUGGGACUGUUUCUGCCUCAGCAUCCGUUCCUCUGGCUGCUGCAGGUUCACCUGAAGAGACACGGAGACUCCAGGACGGAGGCGGGGAAGUAUGCUGUGUACUGCCAGCGCUCCAUGGAGAGGACGCAGCAGAAGGGAGAGAGGCAGGCCAGGCCGUCCCGAAUGGAGAUCCUGUCCAUCCUCCUGAGGAACCCCUACCAUCACUCCCUGCCCUUCAGCGUGCCUGUUCACUUCCUCAAUAACACCUACCAGGUGGUGAGCUUCGAUGCUUCGACCACAGUGGACGAGUUCCAGUGUCGCCUGAACCAGGACACCGGCAUCAGGAAGACGGGUCUGUCUGGGUUCAGCCUGUUCACUGACGACCCGACGGGACGAGAGCUGGAGCACUGUUUGCAGGGAGCCAUCAAGAUUUGUGACAUUAUCUCCAAAUGGGAGCAAGCUUCGAAGGAGCAGCACACUGGCAAGUCUGAAAACACCAGGACUGUCCGCCUCACCUACAAGAACAGGCUGUACUCCUCUCUCCAGGUCAGGGGGGAGUCAGAGAGGGAGAGGUUGCUGCUGGCCUAUCAGACAAAUGAGGCUAUUGUAGCGGGACACUUCCCUGUCAACAAGGAACUGGCUCUGGAAAUGGCUGCCCUGCUGGCCCAGGUGGAGUUUGGAGACUUUGAGCGUCCCUUCUCUGCUCCUGGAUCAGCACAGACCAAGUCCAACCAAACCCUCAAACAGGUUCUGGACAGAUUUUAUCCCAAACAUUACCGGAGAACCACAUCUGAAGAGCAGCUCAGACAACUGCUGCAGCGCCUCUCCGCCCGCUGGGCCUCCCUCAGGGGGCGAAGUCCAUCGGAGUGUGUCAGGAUCUACCUGACCGUUGCCAGGAAGUGGCCUUUCUUUGGAGCCAUGUUAUUUGAAGCAGAGGCCAUCCCUCCCUCUCCGGAGCAGGGGGCUCGUGUUUGGCUGGCGGUGCAUGAAGAUGGUAUCAGCGUUCUGGAGCACAACUCUGUCAAGCUCCUGGUGUCCCACCCUUAUAAGACCUUGGUGACGUUUGGCGGCUGCAAACAGGACUUCAUGCUGGUAGUGGGACAGAGCAAAGACAAACCUACAGAGAAACAUCUGUUUGCUAUGGACGCCUCAAAGAUAAGGGAGAUCACCCUGCUCAUCUCCGGUUACAUCAACAGCGCUCAUCAGCAGAAGGCGGCGGCGCACCACCUCUCCGCCCCGGCGCUGAUGGUGGCGCAGCCCAUCAGCCUGAAGAGCAAAGAGCUGAGGAGCAAAUCCCCCCCGACUCUGGGACGCCCCAGCAAAACUCCCACGCUGCUGUGACGACACAAACAUAACUCGCCCUGAGAAAUAUCAACCCUUUUGCUUCACUUAUAUAACAAAAAUGAAGGAUUUACCUACAGUACAGGUUUAGUUGCACUAGGCCAGAAUCCUUUCUGUCCUGUAGAUGUGACUCAUUGGCCCGGAUUCAUUUCUGGAAUGUGGAAUGGUCACUUCUCUAAAGCGUAAUUGCCCCAUCCAGAUGAGUUUGGACUUGUCUCCUAUUUGGUAAGUUGUAUUAUGAACGAGCAGCUGAGGUUGCAGCAGUUUACCCACAUCAUCACUCAGGAUUUCUGGAAUGUCCUGUCCUUUCAUUUCAAGCGUAUAAAAGGUGAUUUAUAAACCUGGAGCAGUGUGUUGUAAUACCCUCAAAAGUGUCUUAAAACAACAUUCUUUUAAGACAUUGUUUGUCACUGAUGAAUGUGUUGCAUUCAAGUGCCGACUUCAAAGAAAAGUCAACACUCUUUAUUGACAGACUGAGCUAGCGUUUUGCAGUCUCAUUAUUAAUCUACCUGUACCUUGUGCAACAUUAACUUGUUCAAAGAUGCUGUUUGAAGUAAAUUAUUGUAUUCUGGCUUUAACCAAAUAAGAGGCAAUGACUCUUUGUUAGGGAAUAAUUAAGACAGUGUUUUUUUAUUUUUCCUUCCCCCUGUAGGGUAUUGAAACCCUACCAGGAAGUGAAACCCAGACAGUGUUAGAUAUAAUGAUACUGAACGAUAUGAUGAAAGCAGACGGAAAGACUGAAGAACACUGUUCAAAAAGUGAAGUGAAAUCGAUGAGUUGGCGGUUUGUCUAACUUAAAAAGGACACCAGUUUAGACCCUGUGUGCUCUUAGUUACUGAACAGUCAGGAGAGUGGUGGCACUUUAAUCAAAUACUUCAAGCCUUUCUGGUGAAGAGUAACUGAAACCAGCUAGAUGCCUUCAUUUAAAGGGCCCUAUUAUGCUUUUGGGGGUUUUCCCUUUCCUGUAGUGCGUUAUAUAGGUUUUUGAGCAUUGACAUGGUCUGCAAAGGCUAAAAUCCCUAAGACUCCCCCCUGCUUGAAAUGCCUAAAUUGGACUCCUUUGUUUACUUCCACGACAUAAAGACAUCACUACGUAACACUCGCGCUUCACUUGGCUAGCGCUCCGACUUAUUGUACGUGAUGGGCUAAUGGGCGGGACAUCUCUAAGUAGUUUACCAAUCACAACAGAGCCGACCAGCUAACCAAUCAGAGCAGACUGGGCUCUGGUUUCAGACAGAGGGUGAAAAGAGGUGCUGCAGCACAGGCAGUAUGAGAACAAUAAAGAGCUUUCUGAACAUUAAAGCAUGUAAUUGUGUCACAGCAGAGUACACAAUACAAAUAUGAACCGCAAAUUGAGCAUAAUAGGAACCCUUUAACAUUACAUUUUUCAGAAAGGAAACGCAGGUACAUUUAGAGGAAGAUGGUAAGAGGGUGUGGCAGUGUGGGUUAAAGAGAAAUAGUGUUGUCUGUACUGUUUUGUGUGUAAUAGAAUCAUUUAACCCUCUAAAGCUUUUUGUACAGGAAUAUAUCCUAAUAUGACUCGCUGGAAAAGGAGACAAACUUUCACCCGAACCAUAAACAAAGGCUAGCUCCCAUCGAAUCAUAUGAACACACGGGAGGUGUCACAUGAACGGCUAAAGUGACCCAUGUCAUAAAGGUGUAAACAGGUACUUUGAAGUAUUAUUUCAAGCUUGUACAGAAAAGUAUCGUCAGUUUUAUAUUUAUUUGUCAUAAAAGUAAUCAUCCUUGGAAUAACUGUACAUGUAAUGCCUGAAUAAACAAAACUACAGCAAA